CCCCAUCAGUAAAAACAUCAUGGCGCACAUAUGACGAUAUUUUCGACGAUCCAAACAUUCUGACUCGCUUUCCUGUCUACCAGGCCACCGAUCACGAACUUCCCCAGUCAGAAUGGAGAAGAGUGCAGUACCCCGGCCUAGUAAGGGGAGUCCUAAUAAGGACAGUCCAGGCAGGAACAGUCCCCGUAAGAUGAUCCAGCCAGCUUCCUCUUCUGUACCCUCCUCACCAACAAGGAUGAAAGCAUCACCACAUGGAACCCCAAACAAGUCCCCACCCGAGACACCAACAAGAAUAAAGGCCUCGCCUUCGAGAACCAAGACCUCCCCGUCUUACUCAGAGAAGAAGCAGAGACAUUCGACUCCGCAGAUAACCCCCAAGAGAGAAAAAGUUCCUUACAACGUGACUCCCAACUGUAGCAGCGGCUUUGAGAUGUCUCCUCGGAAAGACUACGUGGUGGGGCAAGAUGUCUUAGCCAGGUGGACGGACGGGCUUUUUUACCUGGGGACCGUCAAAAAGGUUGAUGAGAAGUUAGGACGAUGUUAUAUCCUAUUUGAGGACCAGUCUUCCUUCUGGGUCAUGUUUAAGGACAUGAUGGGGAGUCCCAACUACAACACAGAAUUGACAUGUACACUGUGUAGUGACGGCACCUCAGAGGAACCCAACCAGAUAGUCAUCUGUGACAGAUGUGGGCAAGGUUACCAUCAGCUCUGUCACCAGCCCCCUAUCCUGGACAGUGUGUUAGAACCAGAGGUGCAGUGGUUAUGUAGACAGUGUAUCUUUGCCAACUCUGUUAAGAGAGGAGGCGCCCUGAAGAAAGGCCCAAAUGCUAAAGCCCUUCAACAGAUGAAAUUGGCACUUCCAUAUGAAUUGUCUUCCCUGUCGUGGGAUUCCGCUCAUCGGACCAACAAGCAGGAGUGUUACUGCUACUGUGGCGGUCCAGGAGAUUGGUUCCUAAAGAUGCUGCAGUGUUCCAGAUGUAAACAGUGGUUUCAUGAAGCGUGUGUGCAGUGCCUUGAGAAGCCCAUGCUGUAUGGAGACAGGUUUUACCUGUUUGUGUGCUCCGUGUGCAACGCUGGACCGGAGUACCUCCAGCGCAUGGAGAUGAAAUGGGUUGACCUGGCCCAGUUGGUCCUGUACAACUUGAGUCUGACUAACAAGAAAAAGUACCAGGACUUUGAUAAUGAGAUCAUGCCUUUCAUCAACAACAACUGGGACAACCUACAGCUGGUCAGGCUUGAAGCCUUCACCCGAGGAGAAAGGCAAGAAAAGGUCUUGGACGCACUGAAAGCAUCGAAAACAAGGUUUGCCUGCGGCAAGGAAGUCAAAAAGAGGAAGUCCAUAUUUGGCCUGCGUAUUCGGACACCGCCCGUCCCUCCAACCAUCAUCCUCCCACUGGACGGGCCAAUCAACGAGGUGACCAUGAACGACCUUGAGAUGAAGGGUCGCAAGGUCAAAACAUUUGUUCCAGCACAAAGGCUAUCCGAAUCCCCCGUACCCCUGAACAGGAAACGUUCCUUAGACUUGGAAGAUUCCGACAUGGACACCAAAACCAAGCGAGCGCGCAAACUCCUGGAGGCAGCUAAGACAACUCUGAGGGUGAAGAGCCCAAAGAGUGCGAACCAGUCGUACACAGGUUACACAGGCCGACUGUACGGGGACAACGGUCUUCCCUCCACCUCCAGUCUACUGGACAGCAUACCUCACUGUGACGAGGCAACCUUCGACAAUCUCAGCUCCAAUAGGAGUAUCGGCUCCAGCAGUGCUCCCUCGGUGUCUGACUCCACCGUCAGUUCCUGCUCCAGUCUGCUCCCCUCAGCCACCAGCAGCUACCUGGUGGCCAGCAGACACCACCCCUCCACCUCCCCCUCCAACCGCAGGUCCCUCUCACCCAGGGGCGGCAAGAAACCCAACAAGCGCGGCCGCCCCAAGAAGAACGCCGAGAAGAAGUGGAAGAGCACGGGACGAAAACGCGGGCGACCCUCGAAGAAGGAAAUCUACGUGGCCACGUCAAGCGAAAGCGAGGACGACAGCAUAGUCGAACCGGAGGUCAUCAAGAGUAUGAAAGAUACGGCGAUUUCGAUGGAGCACUUGCGUGCUUCGGUGAACUCGUAUUUCGGAGCGGAAGGAAGGCUGGCGUGCGGUGAGAAGUAUACCGUGUUAGCGAGAAGGGUGACACCGGACGGUAAGGUGCAGUACUUGGUACAGUGGGAAGGAUUCACGCCAGAUGGUAGGAGUUAGGAAUUGUAAAUUGUCUUGUAGGUGAUAGGACGUUACCUGCAGCUGGUAUGUAAAAAUCCAUAAUUUACAGUACAGACCUCGAAUAACUACCAAUCUACACUUUUGCAAAUUGCGAUCAAAAUUUGUUCCAAAUGUAGAAACUGUUCCUUUUGAACGUGCAAAGGCCAUGCAAAAGCUGAGCACUUCUUGUUUAAAUCAGUUUCAUUUUCAUGUAAAAUAUGUGUACUAGCU